GCCUGCGACCCUCCUCGGCAUUGUUCGGCUAACCUCGGUCAUUAACGGUCAGCGUAUUCAAAUCUUCGGCUGCAUUUCCUCUUGGAGAUUGAAGUAGCGAAAGAGGGAAGACAAACAACAGGAACAGAUUAACGGAGCGUCGAAGCGGAAUGACGGUGCUGCAGGAACCCGUCCAGGCUGCAGUGUGGCAGGCUCUGAACCACUAUGCCUACCUUGAUGCUGUCUUCCUUGCUGAGAGACUCUACGCUGAAGUGAGGUCAGAGGAGGCUCUUUACCUGUUGGCUACCUGUUACUACCGCUCAGGAAAGCCAUAUAAAGCAUACCGUCUGCUGAAGGCUCACAGCUGCUGCACGCCACAGGUUCGAUAUCUGUUGGCCAAAUGUUGCGUGGACCUCAGCAAGCUCGCUGAAGGAGAACAGGUUCUUAUUGGUGGGGUGCUGAACAAACAGAAAAGUCAAGAUGACAUCAUCACAGAGUUUGGAGACUCUGCGUCCUUCACACUGUCCUUACUGGGACACAUCUACUGUAAGACCGACCGUGUUGCAAAAGGUGCUGAGUGUUUCCAGAGAAGCUUAACACUGAACCCAUUCCUGUGGUCACCUUUCCAGAAUUUGUGUCACCUAGGAGAGAAACCAGAUCCAGAUCAGGUCUUCAGGUUGUCUUCUCUACAGAAUUCUUCUAUAGGCGCAUCUCCUCAAUCUAUUAGCCCUGCCCAGAACUCCUCACACCGUCUAGACACCGCUCUCAUGGAGACGCCUCAGGACACACUGGAGUUAAAUCGUUUGAAUCUGGAGUCGAAUGGGAAGCUGACGUCUGAUUUGUCAGUUUCCUACAUUGACUCCUCUAUCAUCUCUCCGGAUACUGGCUCCCUAUUGGGUAACACUGUUUCCAUGGCAUCAGCAGGCUCCUUAUUGGGGAAACAGAACAAGCCUAAGAGUGGGAGGAGUUUACUGGGUGGACCUACCACACUCAGCCCACUGACACCUAGCUUUGGCAUCCUGCCCCUGGAGCCUAGCCCUGGAGACCCCACAUAUCUACAAAACUAUUCAGCUACCAUGGAAACACAAACCACAGCACCCAGCAAGAAGUCUGUCUCCAGGAUUAGUCAGUCCAAAUCUGUCUUUAGUCAGAGUGGCAACAGCAGAGAUGUUCUCCCCAUUCCAUUUAACCAAUCACAGACCUCAGCACCUCACACCAGUGGCUCCCCUCAGGUUCUCAGUCCCAGUAUGUCUGGUCCUCCAAACGUUCAACCUAGAAGAAGUUCCAGACUGUUCACAAGUGCAAGCUCUACCGCCAAGGAGAACAGUAAGAAACUGAAGAUGAAGUUUCCCACAAAGAUCCCUAACAGGAAAACAAAGUGUAAAUCAGCCAAGACCUCAAAUAGCACCAACCUAAACGAGAGUCUGGAUAUCCUGAGACUGGAUCCCUGCUUAAGCCUACCUGACACCAAGAUACCCCAGUAUCAAAGAGCUGCUGCAGACAGUGUGAUGGUGUUACUACGGGAGCUGGGCCGUGGGUACCAGGCGCUGUGCUCAUACAACUGCAGAGAUGCCAUCAAUAUCUUGACCUCCCUCCCUCCCCAGCACUACAACACUGGCUGGGUCCUCACGCAUAUCGGCAGAGCUUACUUCGAACUGGCCGAGUACACACAGGCAGAACGUCUGUUCAGUGAGGUUCGCAGGAUUGAGUCCUACAGAGUUGAAGGGAUGGAGAUAUACUCGACAACACUUUGGCACCUACAAAAAGAUGUGGCUCUGUCAGCCCUGUCCAAAGACCUGACAGACAUGGACAAGAACUGUCCUGAGGCUUGGUGUGUAGCUGGAAAUUGUUUCAGUUUGCAGAGGGAGCAUGAUAUUGCCAUAAAAUUCUUUCAGAGAGCCAUCCAGGUGGACUCAGGCUUUGCCUAUGCGUACACUCUGCUGGGUCAUGAGUUUGUCCUGACAGAGGAGUUGGACCGAGCCCUUGCCUGCUUUAGAAAUGCUAUUCGAGUUAACAACAGACACUACAAUGCAUGGUAUGGUCUGGGCAUGAUCUACUACAAACAGGAGAAAUUCAACUUGGCAGAAAUUCACUUCAAAAAAGCUCUAAGCAUUAACCCCCAGAGCUCUGUUCUGCUGUGUCAUAUUGGCGUGGUGCAGCAUGCACUCAAAAAGUCUGAUGCAGCAUUGGAAACUUUGAACAGAGCAAUCAGAAUCGAUCCCAAAAACCCACUCUGCAAGUUUCACAGAGCUUCCAUCUUGUUUGCCAAUGACAAGUACAAGGCAGCUCUUCAGGAGCUUGAGGAGCUAAAGCAGAUUGUACCUAAAGAGUCUCUGGUGUAUUUCCUCAUUGGAAAGGUGUAUAAGAAGCUGGGGCAGACUCACCUGGCGCUGAUGAACUUCAGCUGGGCGAUGGAUCUGGAUCCUAAAGGAGCAAACAACCAGAUCAAAGAAGCAAUUGAUAAGCGAUAUCUGCCAGAGGACGAAGGAGCAGAGCUUGAUGACAGCCAGGACAGCAGUAUCAUGACAGAUGCGGAUGACACCCAGCUCCACACAGCUGAGAGUGAUGACGUUCUUUAACCCCACCCUUUUGUGUAGCCUCUAUGCUGAUAUGCUGGUGGAGUGCUGUUGCUAGGCAAUAUCCUCCCCAGCCCUCAUUCAUAUACUUUAGGGUUAUAAUAACAGACUGCUGGCCUGAAGCCUUGCCCCCUGCCUUUUUUUCCUUGUAUGACAUCACAGGUGUUUUUUUAUGUUCUUUUUAUUGUUAUGGUAACAAAUCAAUAAAAACAUGUAAAGGUCA